UCUGAAGCUUCUUAAAGUGGCUUGCGACUGUCAGUAGCACUCAAGGAAGCUUCAUUAGUCGUCAGAGGGAGGCAAGGCUGUGACUCAUGCCAGCCUGAAGAAACCAAUGGGCAGCCGGAGCCCGAGAUAUAAAUAACGAAUAAAAAAUAUUCUUAAGGGAGAAAGGGUGAGUGGCGCGCCGCUGGAUGGGAUUGUAGUGCGCUCCGUUGGUAUUCCGCCCUCGCCGCCACCGGACGGUUUCUUGUCGCGCCUUUAGGUGGCAAUUGUUCCAUCUAGUUAUAGUUUUCGGUGGACUCGACAACCUGUGCGCCAGUGUGCUGUUCAAUUAUUCCCUAGCUGGAGAUCAGAUAACAGAGGAGUGAUGGCCGCAUCGGAACCGAGAGCCACCGGCGAGGAACUGGACCCCAACUCUGCUAACUUAAGACCUCCUUCAACAACUUACGAAUAUGCGUGGAUGCACGGAUGCACGCGGAAACUGGGGAUGAAGAUUUGUGGGUUCCUGCAGAAGAACAACAACCUGGAGGAGAGGACGAGACUCGCGGGACAGAAGAGCCUGUUCUCGCUGGACAACAGUGACAGGGACACGCGCUUCCGCCGCACAGAGACCGACUUCUCCAACCUGUUCGCCAGAGACCUACUGCCAGCCAAAAAUGGAGAGGAGCCUACACUACAGUUUCUGUUGGAGGUGGUUGAUAUCCUCACCAACUAUGUCAAGAAAACCUUCGACCGCUCUACUAAGGUGCUGGACUUCCACCACCCUCACCAGCUCCUGGAGGGCAUGGAGGGUUUCAACCUGGAGCUGUCCGACCAGCCCGAGUCCCUGGAGCAGAUCCUGGUGGACUGCAGGGACACACUCAAAUAUGGCGUCCGGACAGGUCACCCACGCUUUUUCAACCAGUUAUCAACAGGUCUGGAUAUCAUUGGUUUGGCCGGGGAGUGGCUCACUUCCACUGCUAACACCAACAUGUUCACCUAUGAGAUUGCUCCAGUGUUUGUACUGAUGGAGCAGCUGACUCUGAAGAAAAUGAGAGAGAUGAUUGGUUGGCCUGGCGGAGAAGGAGACGGCCUGUUUUCACCAGGGGGCGCCAUCUCCAACAUGUACAGUGUAAUGAUCGCACGUUACAAGUAUUUCCCCGAGGUCAAGGCCAAGGGCAUGUCUGCUGCUCCUCGACUUGUCCUUUUCACCUCUGAAUAUAGCCACUACUCCAUAAAGAAGGCUGGAGCUGCUCUGGGCUUUGGUACAGAGAAUGUGAUUCUGCUGAGCACAGACGAGAGAGGCAGAGUAAUUCCUGCAGAUCUGGAGGCCAAGAUCAUUGAUGCUAAACAGAAGGGCUAUGUGCCAUUGUUUGUGAAUGCCACAGCUGGUUCGACUGUGUACGGUGCUUUUGACCCCAUCGGUGAGAUCGCCGACAUCUGUGAGAAGUACAACUUGUGGCUCCAUGUUGAUGGAGCAUGGGGUGGUGGACUUCUGAUGUCCAGGAAGCAUCGCCAUAAGCUUAGUGGAAUUGAGAGGGCCAACUCUGUCACAUGGAACCCCCACAAGAUGAUGGGCGUGCCUCUACAGUGCUCUGCAAUCCUAGUCAGAGAGAAGGGAAUCCUAGCGGGAUGUAAUUCCAUGUGUGCUGGCUACCUCUUCCAACCAGACAAACAAUAUGACAUCACAUAUGACACAGGGGACAAAGCCAUCCAAUGUGGGCGGCACGUCGACAUCUUUAAGUUCUGGCUCAUGUGGAAGGCAAAGGGCACCAUAGGGUUUGAGCAGCACAUUGACAGGUGUCUGGAGCUGUCUCAGUACCUGUACAACAAGAUCAAGAACAGGGAGGGAUAUGAGAUGGUGUUUGAUGGAGUGCCCCAGCACACAAACGUUUGUUUCUGGUACAUCCCACCCAGCCUGAGAGGCAUGCCAGACGGUGAAGAGCGACGAGAAAAACUCCACAAGGUGGCACCAAAGAUCAAAGCAAUGAUGAUGGAAUCAGGGACCACCAUGGUGGGCUACCAGCCUCAGGGCAAUAAAGUCAACUUUUUCCGCAUGGUCAUUUCCAACCCUGCAGCUACCCAGUCUGACAUCGACUUUCUCAUUGAUGAGAUUGAGAGGCUGGGUCACGACCUGUAGGCCUCUCAGCCGUUUCAGUGCUAGUGACCAGAGGCCAAACCUACAGUGUUUUAUCUGUAGUAUUUCCAUUGAGGAAAAACACUUGCAUUGCUACAGACAGAGUAAUGAUAGGACAUGUUUUACGUUCUUUCUGUCCACUCCAUCUUUGCCUGAAACAUUCUUAUUGUUUCUCCAGCUGAAGAGCAAUGAGAGAGACUUUUGCUCUGACUAUGUCCCACAUAGUUCUAUACAUAAAAUAUAUAAAAGGUAUCUGAAAGCUCCGGGUGCAACGAAUAUGCUCUAAUGUAUGUGUGUGUGCUGUGGAAUUGUGUAAUAUUUGUAUGUGUAAUCUAGUUUCUUGUUCAGUGCAGUUCGUCUUUCAGCAUAUGCGCGCGCGCGUGUGUGUGUGUGUGUGUGUGUGUGUGUGUGUGUGUAUGUGUGAUAAAGCACUGAAAGGGAGAAAAGCACAGAUCACAGUAUAACAGAGUAUCAUCAGUUGUUCUGCUGUAUCAUACAUUGGCUACACACAAUUGAAUUCAGCUGUACUUAUAUUUAAUCUCAGUGCACCGAUCUAUUUGUCCUCAACAGUGUCCAAGCCCCCAAAGCAGUGUGUGCAGGUGUGUAUGUGUCACACUGAGUGUAUCCUAUCAUGUAUUGUAGGCUAACACUGUGUUAAAAAUAAGCUAAUGUGCACAGCAGAGGCACCAAGUGUGUUAUGCUGAGAGGUUUUAGAUAACUCCCUGCAACUGAUCCACAGUCUGCAAUAGUUUUCCACUUAGAGGUUUAAGAGUUUGGCAUCAAAUGUCUACAACUAUACCGAGUCUGGGUCAACUUUUAACUUGUAAAACGCUGGUUUGUUGUCUCAUGCAAUCACGUGAUACCCAUAUGUGUUUAUAACAUUGUUAAAAAAGUAAUAUUUGAUUAAAUAAGAACAAAUAUUUAUUGCAUUUCCACUGUUUACAGAUUCAGGUAUUUUAUUGUAAAUGUAUCUUUAUGUGUACUACAUGGUAAUACAUUUGUAAAUGCAAUCACAAGAACAGGAGGUUUAUUUAUAGUGACUUUGUCAGCCAAAGAAGCACAGUCGGGAACAGAGCAAUCCAUUGUCCCUCUUAGAGAUUAGGUGUUUGUAAAAUGUUACCUAAUGACCCUCGACUGCGAUGCAAUUUCUAUUGUGUGUUUCCGUCUGUGAUUGUGAGUCUUUUUGAUUGAAUGUUGUGAGAUGACUGACUGGCCUUCUAAAGUGUCUAAUCGGCUGGCAGUUGUGCCAGUCUUUUAUUUUGGAGAGAAGCACAAGGAUAGCAGAAUGUACUCGCGCCUCAAGACUUGGAAGAUAGGAUUGUGGUGUCUGUUUGAAUCCAGAUGCAUUUACUGUAAUAUAGUAUAUUAAGUGUAAUACAUAUUACCGGUAUUCUCAAUGUUAUGAGAGCUCAGUGGAAUAUCUUGUAUAAAGAGUUCCAGUUUUUGUCUUUGCACAAUGUUCACCUUUCUUUCUUUCAUUGUAAAUGGAUGUGUAAUAUAAUGGUAGUAUAUAAAGGUUAUGUUAAAGUAUUUAUGGUAUUUCGGGACCAUAUGUAAGUGGCACAAUUGCAUACAUCAUAUUUAAAGUAAUCUGUGUACUGUAUGUGACCAAUCCCAGUCGUAAGGGAGUGUUUCCCAGGAGGUUUUCAGUAGGCACUUUAACAGAAUCAUACCAUCUCAAAAAUAUCUUUAAUAAAGUCUGUUGAAGGGA